CUUAAGCCAAACCCCACCAUCCACCAUACCUAGAGUUAACUUUCUGCUUCUUUGCUUCCACCAAACAAGCACCCACCACCGUCAAUCCCCCUUCACGAACUUCUUCCAGCAAUAGGAUAUUAGUACAGAAGCAAUCAUGUCGGCUGCUGAAGAUGCCGUGGCGAUGAAGAACAAGGGAAAUGCCGCUAUCGCGAAGAAGGACUGGCGGGAAGCAAUUGACUGCUACGAUAAAGCCAUCGAGCUAGAUCCCACGGUGGCUGUAUUCUACUCCAACCGUGCUCACAGUCACAUCAAGUUGGAGGAAUUCGGCCUUGCGAUUGCCGAUGCAUCCAAGGCUAUCGAGCUCGACCCUAAAUACAUCAAGGCUUACUACCGCCGUGCCGUGUCGUACUUGGCCGUCAUGAAGUACGCGGAUGCGCUGAAGGACUUCCGGGCGGUGUGUAGACAGGUGCCGCAUGAUAAGGAUGCCAGACUCAAGAUGCAGGAGUGCGAGAAGAUCGUCCGCAAAAUAUCUUUCAUGAAGGCAAUUGAAGUUGGUGAUCCGCCGUCCGCAGCCGAAGGACUGGAUUUGAACUCCAUGGUGGUGGAACUGGACUACGACGGUGUCCGUCUGGGCAAUGAGAUGACAAAGGAGUUCGUCGAGGACAUGAUCCAGCGCUUUAAAGAUGGUAAAAAGCUUCACAGGAAAUACGUCUACCAGAUCAUCAUCAAGGCGAAGGAGGUCUUCUAUAAUGAGCCGACUAUGCCCGAGGUUACGAUUGAGCAGGGAAAGAAGAUGACCGUCUGCGGAGAUACUCAUGGACAAUACUUCGACCUCCUCGAGAUCUUCAACCGCAAUGGUUACCCCUCCGAGACACACGCAUACCUCUUCAACGGCGACUUCGUAGACCGCGGCUCAUGGUCGACCGAGAUCGCACUGCUCCUCUACAGCUACAAGCUCCUCUACCCAACCAACUUCUUCCUGAACCGCGGUAACCACGAAACGGACGACAUGAACCGCGUGUACGGUUUCGAAGGCGAGUGCAAGGCCAAGUACAACGAGCGGACCUUCAAACUCUUCUCCGAGUCCUUCAGCGCUCUCCCGCUCGCCACCCUCAUCGGCGCGAAGUACCUCGUCCUGCACGGAGGCCUCUUCUCGGAUGACGAGAUUACCCUGGAUGACGUCCGGGCGUUGGACAGACAUAAGCAGAGGCAGCCAGGGCAGGAGGGUUUGAUGAUGGAAAUGCUCUGGACGGAUCCCCAGACCAUGCCUGGCAGAGGGCCAAGUAAGCGUGGAGUCGGACUCCAGUUUGGCCCGGAUGUCACCAAGAGGUUCUGUGAGCGUAAUGGCCUGGAGGCUAUUAUCCGAUCCCAUGAGGUUCGCAUGGAGGGAUACGAGGUCGAGCACGAUGGACGGUGUAUCACUGUCUUCUCGGCGCCCAACUACGUCGACACCUCGGGCAACAAGGGUGCGUACAUCAACAUCGGCCCAGACUACAAGCUGCAGCACAACGUGUUCGAUGCCGUCCCGCAUCCCAACAUCAAGCCCAUGGCGUACGCGCAGAACUCGCUGAUGUCCAGCAUGAUGAUGUGAUGUAAAUUCUACAUACCUAGGAUGUGACAUUGUAUUGAGAUCUGGUGAAGAAUACUGGGGCGGCUCUUUUCACUUUCAUAUGCUUUUGUUCUACGUUUAUGAUUGGGGUUUUACAGGCUUGGGUUUUUUGUGCUUGUGUUUGCUUUGUCUUGUCUUGUCUUGUCUUGCUGGCUGGCGAGGGGCGUUAGUUACCUUGAAGCACUUGGUGUAUUACCUUUGCCAUUCACUAGAACGAAAUGAUGAUGGCGGCGGCGGCGGUGGUGGUAAUUAUUUUUUGUUUAAUCAUUGAUUGCUUGCGAC